AUGAGAAUAUUUUCCCUUUUUGCAACAAAAGCAUUGUUCGCUACUUCUGAUGACUAUGAGAUUCCGCCAGGAGAAGGAGAUCUGGCGAACUUUAUGGAUCUGUACCAGAGAAUGAGAGCUGGGGGAAGCCUAUCUGAGUUUGCAAAAGAUUUCGUCGGUAACGAAGAGACAAAAUGUGAUGGGGAAUGGUCUGAUUGGAUGGAUGCUGACGAUCCUUCCGGGCUAGGUGAUCACGAGCCUUUGGCUAGAUUCGGGGUUAUCGGAUAUUCCGAUGAAGACAUCACUAUCCGUUAUUGCUGCAAACAGUCAACGCGAAAAGACCUUGUUCUCGUCACUGGAGCAUCGAGAUCGAUGAUCAAAGACAAUGAAUCUAUCAUUAACUGGCUGCUCUUUCAUGGAGAGGAGGUGCAGGAAUAUACGACAUUUUGGGUUGGGAUUUAUGACACUGGAAGUUUUCAAAAAUACUCCAAUGUUGAUGAGGUAAUUGGAGCUCUUAGAACAAUAAAUGGUCUCCUGGACCACUCACCCAGCUGCACCGUUAAAAUUUUCGACCUCAUUAUUAAAAUUUUGGAUGAGUCUAAUUUCCAAGCGAGAAUUUUCGGAUUUUUGGACAGAGAUAUCGAUAAGGGAAUCCACGAUGAACUCCUUAAUGCAAUGAUCAAAAAAAUUUGGCAAACACAGUCGACAAUGCAACUUUUUCAAACUGGCCGAUCUGAUCCUCUUUGUAGUUCUCAUUACGGAACAAAAUCAUGCUUUGGCCCGAGACCAAGUGACGAGCAAUUGGUGGAGCAGUUUGAGGCAAUGUCUAGCAACCUUAUUCUCGUUUCUAAUUCCGCUGAUUACUGCCAAGAAGAUGAAAAUAUAGAACCCGCGGAAGAUGUUCAAGAAUUUGUUCAAAUGAUUUCGAAGCCAGAUCUUCUCGCCCUCCUGAUUGAAACCCCGAUAAUUUGA